GGACUGCCUAUGUUGCUGGAACAAUUCUAGUUUUGAUGACUGAGCUUGGUGUCCAGUUCACUGACAGCAUUAGCAUUCUGGUUUCAUCUGCUGUACCGGAAGGCAAAGGUGUUUCUUCUUCUGCAUCAGUGGAGGUUGCUACAAUGUCUGCUAUUGCCGCUGCCUAUGGUUUAAACAUCAACCCUAGGGAUCUUGCUUUACUUUGUCAGAAGGUUGAGAAUCAUGUUGUUGGAGCUCCUUGUGGGGUAGUGGAUCAUAUGGCAUCCGCAUGUGGAGAAGCUAACAAACUCCUUGCCAUGGUUUGCCAGCCUGCAGAAGUGAAGGAAUUGGUUAGCAUACCAACUCAUAUGCGGUUCUGGGGUCUGGAUUCAGGGAUACGGCAUAGGUAG